AUGAAGGGAGUUUUAGCUUUAAUUACUGUCCUCGGCACGACUGUGUCGGCUUUGUCUGGGGCGGCGCAUAGACAUUCGCAUAAUAGAUUUUUCAAGCGCGACAACACCACGCAGACUAUUCAAGGUGCCAAUACCACGGACCCUGCGGCAUAUGACUAUGUUGUCGUAGGAAGCGGGCCUGGAGGAGGCCCGCUAGCAUCACGAUUGGCCAUUGCAGGGUACAAAGUCCUCUUGAUUGAAGCUGGAGACGAUCAAGGAGAUGCAAUAUGGCAACAGGUCCCAGCUUUGCAACUGCAAGCCACAGAAUACACUCCCCAGAAAUGGGACUACUUCGUCAAUCACUACCAGGAUCUAGCACGGCAAGAACAAGACUCCAAAAUGGUCUGGAAGACGCCUACCGGAGGCGAGUACGUUGGAAACAGUCCACCGGCUGGCUCGACUCCAUUGGGGAUCUGGUACCCACGCACGGGAACCCUGGGAGGCUGCUCAGCUCACAACGCGAUGAUUUCCAUCUACCCACACGAGAGCGAUUGGAACAACAUCGCCUCGAUCACCGGUGAUAGUUCUUGGAGCGCCGGCAACAUGCGCAAAUAUUUCGAGCGCUUGGAACGCUGCAGAUAUCUCCCUAACAGCGUCGUGGGCCAUGGUUUCGAUGGCUGGUACGAGACUAGCCUUACAGAAUUGUCACUCGCAGUUGAGGACCAGAAGCUGCUGUCGCUGAUCAUUGCAGCUGGAACAGCGAUGGGCAAGGGUCUUCUCGGGAUGGUCCUCAGCACAGUGGCCGGGCUGGGGGAGGUCUUGCUCCGGGACAUCAAUGCCGAUGUCCCCAACAGGGACUCUCAAGAGGGGCUUUAUCAGGUCCCAAUUGCGGUCUCAGAGGUCGACAAGAAACGCACAGGUGCCCGCGACUUCAUCCUCGCCACGGCAAAUGCUGUCAACGCCGAUGGAUCGCGCAAGUACCAUCUUGACAUCAAGCUCCACACAUUGGUCACGAAAGUGCGUUUUGACACUUCUGGAUCCAAGCCGAAGGCUAUCGGAGUCGACUACCUAGAAGGAAAGAGUCUAUACCGUGCCGACCCCCGUGCCGAUGUAACAGCUGGUGGCACUCCAGGCAGUGUCAACGCCAAUCGCGAAGUUAUCAUAUCCGGUGGUGCAUUCAACUCGCCGCAAUUGCUUAAACUGUCUGGCAUUGGUCCUGCUUCUGAGCUUUCCAACUUCGGCAUCCCCGUCGUCGUCGAUCUGCCGGGCGUGGGAACCAACCUCCAAGACCGAUACGAGGCGACCAUUGUUGGAGACAGUAAUACCGACUUCGCCAUCACCAAGGACUGCACAUUCCUCCGCACCCAACCCGACCCAUGCUUGGAACAAUGGCAAAAUCUGCCGGGCCCGUCCCUUAAAGGUACCUACGCCACCAACGGCAUCGCCAUUGCCGUUGUGAAAAAGUCGUCUGUUGCAGACGGAGACCCCGAUCUCUUGAUUUCUGGCGCCCCGGCCUUCUUCACGGGCUAUCACCCCGGGUACGCGAACGAAUCACUGAAGGACGCGCACCACUGGGCAUGGAUCGUGCUAAAGGCACACUCGCGCAACAAUGCUGGCACCAUCACGCUGCGCUCCUCUGACCCGCGCGACACACCCGUUAUCAACUUCAACUACUUCGAUACAGGCAACACGGCCGAUGGGGCCGACGACAAAGACCUCCAGGCCACAUACGAGGGCAUGCAGCUGUCGCGCAAGAUGUUCCGGGACUAUAUCCCUUUGCAGGGUACUUUCAAAGAAGUCUGGCCUGGUAACAGCGUCAAGACAGAGGCCCAGAUGAAGGACUGGAUCAAAAAGGAAGCCUGGGGCCAUCACGCGAGCUGCACCUGCCCCAUUGGCGCCGACGACGACGAAAUGGCUGUUUUGGACUCCAAGUUCCGCGUCCGCGGCGUCGAUGGGCUGAGAGUCGUCGACGCCAGUAUCUUCCCCAAGAUCCCGGGCUUCUACAUCGUGCUGCCAACGUACAUGAUCAGCGAGAAAGCCGCGGACGUUGUUCUAGAGGAUGCUGCUAAUGCUUGA